CGGGUCUUUCCCUGGCUAAAUAUAGAUUCGGUAUUGCACCACAACAUGCAAUAUUAGACACCUAUUGUGGUCACGUGACUCUCAUUGACCAAUUAAAAGAGGGGCUCCUUCGGCUCCUGUUCCAGAACUGUCCUUUUCCUUUCAUCAUCUGAGAGAACAAGUUGUAGAUGUUUUAACGCAUAAAUUGUAGCUGGGAUUUAAAACGUGAGCGGACAUCAGGGAAUACUGACCAGGGAUGGACCUAGUGAAGGUGAGCAUCGCCGUGGUGCUGCCUCUGGUGGUGUACUGUGUGUGUGAACCCGGGUUUCAGGCCUGUGAGUGGGAGUCUUGGAGUGUGUGGAGCUCCUGUACCAGAACAUGUGGUGGGCUGAGAACCCGAACACAGAAGAUGUGCUGUGGAGUUCAUGUUCCAGACUGUAUCGGUAAAUGCCACCGACCCAACACGUCUGUGGAGACACAGCCAUGUGCGACACACUGCCCCAAUGGUGGAAGCUACAUUGAUGGAUAUUGUCACUGCCCUCCUCUUAGAUAUGGAAUUUGUUGUGAACGAGACGAGUCGACUGCGCGUGAUGGUAGCUGUGCCCGACACUGCACGUGGAUGAACUGGUUCUCAUGGGGAAACUGCAGCACAAACUGUGGAUGUGCAACACGAACCAGGACAAGAUGGCGCUGUUGUCAAAGCAGGUUGAGCAGUACUGAGUGUACAGCUGAUUGCAACUUCCGGGACAAGAGCACUGAAGAGAGAGUCUGCACUAAACACUGCACCCUGAAUGACCAGAGUCAGACUUGCCAACUUUGUUCCUGGAACAACUGGCAACCAUGGAGCAGUUGCAGCCAGACGUGUGGAGGAGGUCAAAGGUCAAGGUCACGGUCACCUUGUUGCUGUGAAGGCCAAUCCAAUAAGGACUGUCUGUUUGACUGCCAGUUGUCGGAAAACGACUCAGUUCAAUCCGAGAACUGCAGUGAAAUUUGUUUCAACAACGGGAGCUUCUCAAGCAGCAUCUGCCACUGUGGACAUGGCUAUUCUGGACCUUGCUGCACUGAUGCGGUAACUGAUGGCAAGUGUACAAAAUGCACCUGGGGGAUGUGGGGACGGUGGGGACCUUGCAAUGACUCCAAAAACGGGGAGGUAACGAGAAGGAGAUCCCUCUGCUGUCGUGUGGGACAGAAGGAGAACGAGUGUUACGCCCAGUGUAAGCGAGAGGGACAUGGAACUGUCGACGUGAAACAAUGUGACCUGUUUAUAGUGAAAGAUUCAACCCAAAUUCACUUUAUGUACACCAUCAUCGCCUCUGUCGCAUCCGUUGUCUUCACGUCGCUUGUCUGGACUGCUGCUUAUUGCAUCAGGAACAGGAAGUGCAGGGGACCACCAGACCAACAGGGGUCAUGUGAUGUCAACAGUCCUGCAAUGGACACCUAUAUCAGUCUACAAGCUGAUCGGAGAGACGUAGCUCGUAACGUCAACCAGAAUACAUGCUGUGACAGUGAUGCAUGUGAGCACGUGUAUGAAAGACCACAAGACCUGUUUAUGUAAUGCGCCCAUGUUGGUGUCCCCUGCCGUGACAUAGCUUGGAUGUUGCUUAAGGCGACGUAAAUCUCAACUCGCUCACUCACUCACUUUAUGUAAAACCGACUAUUUUUUCGGUUAAACGUUCGGUUAUAACUUGUUAAACAUUUAUCAAUCACAACACGGCUCGGAUCAGAAUAUUGAGGUUUUGAAGGUUUUCGCUGUCGUUGUUCAAAUCCCAAUUGCGUAGAUCGAUGCUCAUGAUGUUGCUCAUUUGAAUGUCUGGUCCAGAUUCGAUUAUAAACAGACCAACGCCUAUAGCUGGACUAUUGCUGAGUGUGGCGUUAAACAAGCAACAGACCAUUUUCCGUAAGAAAUCUCUGCUAAAAGCAGGACGUGUUGUACAAUUCCGACAGUGUCUUGAGCCACACGUUGGCAUGAGGUAGCCAGAAUGAACUUCUGUCAUAGCACACAUGUGGAAAGUCUUCUUCGCCUCAAGGGUAAUGU